UGGAUCCCAUAAAUAUCGACGGCCCAUAUUGAGUCCAGGACGUCAGUCACCGCAGCGAACUUGUCCAAAUGCAAGUCCCUCUCUGCUGUGGCUCUGUCCUAUCCAAGAAGUUUCUUCUCCUCUACUUCAUCCCCCGCAACAAUAGUUGUUCGUCCUAUACGACCUCUUUUUAACUCCCUAAUCUCUUUCUCUUGUUUGCUUCAGAGUCCUUUGGCUUUCCAUUCUCAAGUACUCUGAUUUUUAUAAUGGGUGGAAGUAUGAUAGAUGAUGACUGGGAGCUUACUUCUCCAUCCAAUGGGGUCCGUACGGUGGUUUUAGUUGGACGUACUGGGAAUGGAAAAAGUGCAACUGGGAACAGCAUUGUUGGAAGAAAGGCCUUCAAGUCAAAGGCGAGCUCUGCUGGUGUUACAAGCACUUGUGAAAUGCAGAGAACUGUACUGAGGGAUGGGCAGAUUAUAAAUGUCAUUGACACUCCUGGUUUAUUUGAUUUUUCUGCUGGAUCUGAAUUUGUUGGCAGAGAAAUUGUGAAAUGCAUUGACUUGGCGAAGGAUGGGAUCCAUGCAGUUCUUAUAGUUUUUUCAGUUAGGACCCGCUUUUCACAAGAAGAGGAAGCUGCAAUUCGUAGCUUGCAGACAUUGUUUGGCAGCAGAAUUGUUGACUACAUGAUUGUAGUCUUCACUGGGGGGGAUGAGCUUGAAGAUAAUGAAGAGACUUUGGACGAUUAUUUGGGUCGCGAGUGCCCAGAGCCUUUGAAGGAAUUCAUUGUCUUGUGUAAAAAUCGGCUUGUGCUUUUUGAUAACAAGACUAAGGAUGAAAGCAAGAGGGUUGAACAGGUUCAGCAGCUUCUCUCCCUUGUAAACAUGGUCAUAGCACGGAAUGGUGGUCAGCCAUACACGGAUGAGUUAUUUGCUGAACUGAAGGAGGGUGCAAUCAAACUCCGCAGUCAACAAGAGCAUGUUGAUUCCCUGAAAGGUUACACUAAACGAGAAAUAUCCGAGUUCAAAGAUCAGAUAGAGUUUUCAUAUGAGCAGCAGCUCAAGCGAAUUACUGAGAUGGUUGAGAUGAAGCUGAGGGAGACAACUACUAGGCUCGAACAACAAUUGGCAGAAGAGCAAGCUGCACGACUGAGAGCUGAAGAGCUAGCACAUUUAGCUCAGAUGAAAUCUAAUGAUGAAAUUCGUAGGCUCAGAGAGCAUUUAGAAAAAGCAGAGGAGGAGCUUCGUAAGCGCAGUGAAAAUCGGUGUGCCAUUCUAUGAGGUAAAGGUUAUGAAGCCAAAUCUGCUGUGCAGUAACAGAUCAUUUAUCCUUUUCCCUUUUGUGUGGAGUUUCUGCAGAAACUGCUUGAGGGAUUGCUUGAGAAAACAUUAAAUACCCCCUAUGUAAAGUCUUACAAUUCCUGCUUUGAGUACAACUACUAUAUAUAUACACACACGUUCUAUU